GACUCAUAGCAACAUGGGGAAUUUUAAAGAAUUCCCAAGAAAAUGCAAUAGGGUUGAUGGUUCAGACAACAGACUUUGAGGGCAAGAAGCCUGGAGACAGUGCACGAGUCCAUGAUUGCUUCCGCUUCUCAAGAACCUCACUGAUUAAAGCACGGAGGAAGACUGAAAUCAUCGAGGCAAGUAUAGAGGGCAACUGCAGAUUUUCUCAUCUUUGGACCUCAUUCUCCUGCCUUCUUCCUGUAACCUUGACACCCGUAACAGCCACAUCCCCUGCAGUAGAGUCAACUGCAAGCGAAUUGAGAAAGUUACGGGACGAUGCCAGGGCAGUGUUCAGGAAUGGCAAAGGAAAACUCAAACAUAUCAAGGGCAAAAUAGAGUCAAAUGAAAAUGACACGCCCAAAUUUUACAAAGCCCAUCCAGUUCCUUAUACCAUCUGUGACAAAGCUGAAGUAGAUAGCAUGGAGGCUGAAGGAACUCUUUCCAAUGUUGAGUGGAGCCCAUGCGCAAUGCCAAUGGUCCCAUUAGCCAGUAAGAAUGUGUCUGUCAGGAUCUGUGAUUGCUAUCAAUCCAGUACUGAAAUUACACCAAUACCCUCUGCUCAGAAUAGAGGAUAUCUUUGUAAACCUUUCUGGAGGAAAACACUUCAGUAAAGUGGACUUAGCUGAGGCUUAUCUACAGAUGGAGAAGGAAGAAGAGUCUGAAAUGCUUCUCAGCAUGUAAUAGGCUAGUUUUUGGAGAAGCAUUUGCACCGCCACUCUGACAGAAAUCAACGGACCAUGUACUGUACGGCUACUCAGGAACUCAGCGUAACCUGGAUGACAUCAUUGCUGCCAAUAAGGAUGACAAGGACCAUCUCCAAAAUCUCUAGACAGUGUUAGAAAGAUUAGAAAAUUAGGGGCUCAGAACAUGACAUAACAAAUGCGAUUUCUUUACGCCAAGCAUCAUUUACUGUGGUCACACCAUCAAUGCACAAGAAUUAUGCAAGUGUGCGAAGAAAAUUCAAGCGGUAGUGGAUACCACAAGCCCGACAGAUAUGUCACAGUUGCAGUCCUUUUUUGGAUUUGUCAAUUACUAUAACAGGUUCCUGCCAAACCUGGCUAUGACGCUCCAUCCCUUGAACCCAUUACUAUAGAUCCGGAAGAAAUGUCAAUGGGCAAAGCAGUGUGAGGUGGCUUUCCAAAAGGCAAAGGAAAUGGUGAGGGCAGAAACUGUACUCACACAUUAUGAUUUACAUCAUCCAGUGAAGAUUGUCUGUGACUUCUCACCUUAUGGUAUAGAUGUUGUCAUGUCAUAUGUGCUGAGUAAUGGACUUGCAUCACAUUCCCUUAUCGAUGCAGAGAAAAAAUAGGCAUAGAUUGACAGAGAACCCUUGUGUCUGGUUGUCUUGUGCCUUGUCUAGAACACGAGAUUGUUUCACAGCUACGAGUCUCACCUGCAAAACAGAGUGGUCUGAUCACAAGAAUAAGAAAGCCUCAUGUAAGCCUAAGAGAAAAGACACCGGACUGACAAAGUGUCUCGGCCCGAAACGUCGACUGUGAUUCUUCCUACAGAUACUGUCUGGCCUGCUGUGUUCCACCAGCAUUUUGUGUGUGUUGCUAGAAAAGACACUGGGUCCAGUUCAAGCUCCAUCUUCAGAAUCUUUUCUAUCUCACUCAAAGAAUCACUCCAGUAUGCCUGAAGUUUGGGACCCAGUGUCUUUUCUGUUAGGCUUACCCAGCAAUUGUAUUAUUAAUGCACAUCAGAAAAAAGUCGGUCACAUCCUGACUUUUUGUGUGAGGAAGAACGUUUUACAUUAGAUAUCCUAUAAGGCCCCUGGACUUUUUGGUUGGCGUAAAUUAAUCAUGGAAUGCAUUCCUUUGGACUUCUUGACAUGUAGGGUACACUCAAAACCAAAUAGUUUUCAUGAAACAUGGCAACCUUUUCUUUAUGUAGAUGUAAACCUGUCAGCUAUAUUAAUAAGAGCUUUUGUAGAGGAUGUUGUGGUGAUGACUAUAUUUUGAUGGAAGUGUUCUGACAGCCGAUAUCUGUGAGGGGAAGAAACGCAAAUGUAAAUGUAUCUGGAAAUUGGAAGUUUUGUUAUGCUGAGCAAAAAAAAUAUUUAUAUAAAAAGGAAAGCCUCAUGUAUUCACUUUCAAUUGACUGCUUCUCUCCCACCACGUUCUCUGCAACAUUCUUUCCGCAAUGAAGAGGUACCGAGGGUUCCUAUCAAAGUCAGUUCCACAACUCCAGGAUUCUCUCUCCGCUAUCUACAAAGGACUUGUCUGGUACUUUAUCCUGAGCAAGACUCAUGCUUUCUCCUAUCAGAUGCCCCUUCUCCAGCCCUUUAUCUCAAUCGACUUCCCAGCUCUUUACUUCACCCCCCCCCCACCCUCCUGGUUUCGCCUCUCACCUUGUGGUUCUUCUUCCCCUCCCCCCCACUUUCUUACUCUGAUUUCAUGUCUCUUUCGUCCAGUCCUGGUUAAGAGUCUCAGCCUGAAACAUCCACUUAUUCUGCUCUAUAGUUGUUGCCUGGCCUGCUGAGUUCCUCCAGCAUUUUGUGUGUUGCUCCACACCAAUUAAAUAUUUAGGCCCAAAUAGGACAAUUUAAAUUUUACUAUGGAUGUCUAUAUAGUCGUUGUCGUAGAUAAUGUACAAUUUAUAUAUAUAGGGUGU